GAGGACUUUACAGAUGUCUUUGAGUCACUGGAAGAUAAAGAGGACGCCGUUGCAGGAAGAGGCGGGAAGACAGGACGAACGGAAACACGAUAAAUAAGCGGCCAGCGCAAACUUUGUCGAUGCGUGCAAGCGACGUUCUACUUCAACCGCAUUCGAGUCCCGGCUUCUGUGGACGAGUGUUUGGGAUCAAAGCCAGAAGAAAACCCGGUUGGAAGGAGCGCCCAACGAUCGGCUGAACCAACUCGAGAGCCGCUGCUUCCAUUACCUUGAGCCGUCUGCCUUUACCGUCCCCACCGCCGUGAACCAGCAAGAUGACAGGGCUGGCAAUGAUCGCGGCUGCGAUGACUGCAGCGGUGCUCAGCUCCGUCCACUGCGCAAGCAUCACAGAGGGCCCGGAGUUUGCCGGCGGCGAGCAAGACGCAGAGCUCGAGACGCGGCUUUCCGCCUCGAGCGGCGUCCUGAACAUCGGGGAGAGAAACUGGCAGGACGAGAAUGGCUGGGGGAGAAGCACGCACAAGUCGUAUGACCGCGCCGUCGAGAUCACCACGCACACGUUCAAGCAAGUCGGCUCGCUCUCCGGAUGGAUCAUCGCUGUCGCCGUCAUCGUUCCCCUUGCUGUGCUGAUCGGAAUCGUCGUGCUCUGCGUGUGCGUCUGCAGAGUCUGCGCGGGGCAAAAGGGAGGCACCCCGCACGUUUAUCAGGCAGGACCACCGCCUUACCCAGUUAGCCCCGGAACGGAAGCGGGACAAAAGCUUUGAGCCCUUGCACGGAUCUUCGCCCGUGGAAGCCACAAGCCUCCGCUUGGGAAGACUUCUCAAAUAUUUGGAAACGCUGCUCACAGCCUGUUGAUUUCUUGCUGAGUGCAGGGCCGGUAUGAUGUACCGAUUCCUUUCACGCGAUUCUAUUCCUUUGCUACAGUACGCCACUCACGCGCGGGUGAUCGCGGGAAUAAUGUACGUGCGCCGUACACGGCCUCAGAGAUUGCGAUCUCGCGCAUAGCGCGCGCGCUAUCUCGGAGGCGACGAUGCGGUGCGCCACCAAGACCGCUGGUGAAACGCGGAAAGGAACGGCGUAGGAAUGGAAUCGCUACAUUACCCCGGCCCAGGAUUCGUAUAGGGGUUAUUCGCUGACGUCAUGGCAUACCGAACAAAGCUAUGCAGAAACAAAGUUCCGCCAUCUUGCCUGCUUUCUUUGUUUUGCUGAAAAGACGAUAUCAUCCUCGCCUGUCUGCUUGAAGGAGCAAGAACGGCGGAAUUAUACAAUAAGGUAGAAUUCGGCUUUGCCCGCAGUGGCGCUUCCGCCUGAUGCAGCAUUUGAUGUUUGCAGGGUUUGGGAUCGAAUGAGCAACUAAUCGAGCUCCCUUGUCUUUCUGUCACCCGAGUUGAAAGGAGAAAAAAUGAGUAUAUAAUCGUAUGAAAUAAACUCUGAACGUGCUGUUUUUUGACGCACCGACAUAUCGGUUAAGUGCACAGCGGGCGUUUCGAAUAAAGGUUGUUUAGAUAAGGCUGCUGAAGGCUUAUGCAAUGAAACAGCCGCGUGUUUCCAUGCGCAGACAACGUGUGUUCGGAUGGAUAGAUGUUAUGAGCGUCCCCUUUGGAACGGGGCGGUGGGUUGCGCCACCAAGCUCUUGCUACUAUACUGCCUAAUAUUAUACCUAGGUUAAACAAUGAAAAAAGAAAAAAAACACUAUGAACUACCACGCCCAAAUUUUCUGAUCCCCUAUUGCGAGCUGUGCUUUUGUACGUCUCCGUCUUUUGUCGUUUCCCUACUUUUCUUGCACCAAUGCUCCAGUCGCCUCUUACUAAUGUCUAUUGCGGACAUGUUUGCUUUACCACUGCUCCCUCUGAACCCAAGGGCUUCAAGGAGGCCAGUGGUGCCUAAAUCGACCGCUGGGUAGGCCGCUGGUAUAACGAAGCCGUGCGCGCCCUAUCGGAGUCGUGGUGAUAGUUGAACUUGAAGUACGUCGUGUCUAUCGCGUACUCUGUGUAAUAAGGACGCGUAUGGGUUAUUGCCGUGGCUUGUGGAUCUAUUGUUCAUGGUUUUUGUAUCAGCCGCAUACCAUCGUUGCACGUAGGAAGGACUGCGACACGCAUGCUUGUAAGCAGGCAGAUUUACGCUGGCUGCUAAUUAUAUUCUCGUUCGCAUGUUCAUCACCGCAUUUCUUCCUCUCUCUCUCUCUUUUGACUUUCAGAUGUUCGAGUGUUUAUGAAGGCCAAAAAUAUUUGUUGAUUGAAGGCGAGAGGAGGAGUGAGCAGAUUGAUUAACCGUAAUAACGCUAAGCUUCCUACCCCAUAAUGUGGGAUUGGGGCGAUGCAUCCUAAAGACAAGCCAGAACAAAACUAACGCUCCUCACACAAGACAUACCGCCGAACAAAGGGAGCAGACGUUCCAGUGCGAUGCCAAGGUCUUUCCCUUUACAAACUACUUGCACAAACUGCAGUGGACACGAUCUUCCCCGCGUAAUACGAGGAGUGUUUGCCAUGGCAUAUCAUGUUUUUUGUGCGCUUGCACGCACUUUGCCGCCACGAUAGAUAUUUUCGAAUCUCAAACCUUAAUCGGCGGCUCCAUUAGAAAGUAUCAUGUCCUUGUAUACCGCGUCGCACUAUUGUAAUGCUUUGCGCUCAACGAAAGUACUCUUAGCCUUUUUUUGAGACUGGCCUCAACCAGACAUGCUUGGCUACUUGUUACUGCGUAUUCUGUGUACUCUGCCAAAAGGGAAGGGAAGCGCAGUCGAGGAAGGCUGAAAAUUAGGUGGGUUGGUGAAAUGAGGAAAUUUGCAGGCGCAAGUUGGAAUCAGCUAGCGCAAAAGAAGACAAAUUGGAGAUCACCGGUAGAGGCCUUCGUCCUGCAGUGGAGAAAAUAGACUGAUGAUGAUGAUGAUGAUGAUGAUGAUGAUGAUGAUGAUUGAGUGCAUGUGUAAGUGCGUACAAUAGAUGUGUCAUUUUAUAUGUCACCCUCUUCAUGUGCAGUAUAGCACGCUAGGCGUAUGGUCAGGCAAGCAUUCCAGCAUUCAUUAAAGAAUGUCUCACUCAUCUCUUGUUUUUGUGUUUCUCAAGAGCUACAGCGCUCAUUCUUGGCCUUUCCCCGAAGGACAAGGUCUGGCAGGAUGAGGCUCGGUCUGGCCGCUCGGGGGACGUGUAAACUGUGUCGCUGAAAUGGAGAGGGAGGGGGGAGGUGACGCAAAUUGCCUCCUCUGUAGCCAUCAUGUCCGAAUACAGGAUGCAGCAUCCCGUUAACUUUUGCGGAAGCUUACAAAAACAUGGCUGAGCUCUCUGUCUUUCCGUCUAUUCCUGAUUCCUCCUCACAA